UUGGUGUGUGAUCAUUUUGAAUCUGGUGUGAACGGUCUGCACACCUGGAGAUGAUGUCACAUUAAUGUUCCAUUUUCAAAUUUAACCGUAGGUGCCUUCUGGGCUGAGACCACUGUUGGCUGGACGUACAGUUACUCUACCAAAACUAUGAACUGGAAGGAGGCCAGGAAGUGGUGUCAGACCAACUACACAGACAUGGUCGUCAUCCAAAGCCAGGAGGAGAACAACUACGUGGUCUCCUUGCUGCCCAACAGAACCAGAAGUCCAUACUACUGGAUUGGAAUCACCAAAAGCCACAGGAAUGAGACUUGGACCUGGAUUGGGAACAACAGCACGUGGAUUGGUAAUCAGUCAUGGGCAGCCAACGAGCCGAACAACAACCACACCACGGAGUUUUGCGUGGAGAUCUACGUCAAUACUGGGAAAAACCGAGGGAAGUGGAAUGACGAGAAAUGUGCCAAUCUGAAAUAUGCUGUUUGUUACCAAACUCAGUGUAAUGCUACAUCGUGUGUUAGAGGGAGAUGCCAGGAGGCCAUAGAAAGCACCACCUGCCACUGUGAAGCAGGAUUUGAAGGAGACCGGUGCCAAACAGCUGUCAAAUGCCCCCCUUUGUCUCAGCCUGAUGAUGGAUACUUUAGUUGCUCUGGAAAUCAGACAUACAACUCCAGCUGUCGAUUCCAGUGCAACCCAGGCUUCAUGAUGACAGGAUCUCCGGAGGUGUUCUGUGGAGACACUGUGGUGAAGGUUCCCCAUUCAAACCCACUCCAAUCACCUGAUGACAUCACCUAA